GGGGAAAGGUACCUCCCCUUCUCUCCCUUCCCACCACAGUGGCUGUGGCGGCCAGCCCCAGCCGCGCUCUCGCCGCCGGGCUGCCCGCCGCGACUCGCUCUCGCCUCAGGACCUGGACGGGCGAGGCACAGCAGCAGCAGCGGCAGCCCAAGGCCGAGCCGCUCCCCGCCGCCCUCGCUCGGCGCAUGCCCAGCCGGCGGCACAGGAGCGCGGAGGCCGGCAGGGGCCGGACCGGCGGCGCUGCGUUCCUGGGUGCCCGGGCCGCCGGCGCGGAGGAGAGGGGGAGGAUCCAUCAUGGCGUCUAUGCAGAAGCGGUUACAAAAAGAGCUACUGGCGUUCCAAAAGGACCCGCCUCCGGGAAUGACGCUAAACGAGAAGAGCGUAGAAAACUCAAUUACACAGUGGAUUGUAGACAUGGAAGGUGCUCCAGGAACACUCUAUGAAGGGGAGAAGUUUCAGCUUCUAUUUAAGUUUAGUAGUCGGUAUCCUUUUGAUUCACCUCAGGUCAUGUUUACUGGAGACAAUAUUCCUGUUCACCCCCAUGUUUAUAGCAAUGGUCAUAUCUGUUUAUCCAUCCUAACAGAAGACUGGUCCCCAGCUCUCUCAGUGCAAUCUGUUUGUCUUAGCAUUAUUAGCAUGCUUUCCAGCUGCAAAGAAAAGAAGCGACCUCCAGAUAACUCAUUUUAUGUAAGAACAUGUAACAAGAAUCCAAAGAAAACAAAAUGGUGGUAUCAUGAUGACACAUGUUGAUGGCACCGUUUUGUGAUCCUCGUAGCAGAAGAUAGCCCUACUGAGAAAAUGAGCACUUUGAUCAUUCAGUCUUUGAACUUUAACCUUUGACUGGAAGGCAAUAAAGACUACUUCCUUUUGACUGCAUUCUUACUAGUGUGCAUUCUGGGCGCAUGUUGAUCUCUGGUUCAGUCCACGCAACUGACAUGCUUUUAUUAGUCAUACAGUAUUAAUGCAGGUGUCCAGAGACGUCAGAAUUAUUCCUUUUGGUGUUUUUUUUUUUUUCUUUUUAAUUAUUAUUUUAAGCUUUUUGGAAGAAUUCCAGGUCUUCAUAGAUAUUGUGCAAUAACACUGAGCUCCUUGGCGGUUUUGGUGCAGCCAUUGCCGGCAAUGGACAUUGUACCAGGGAAAGAGAUUUUACUUUAUUGUUACUUUUUUGUUUUCUUUUUCUGCUCCUGCCACAUACAAAAAAAAAAAAAAAAAAAAAAAAAAGAUUGACACAGGAGAGAGCUUCUGAAAAUUUUGGAUAUAUUUGGAUUGCAAGCAAGGGAUCUACCGGUACCUUAAAAGCCACCCAAUUUUUUUCUCUUUGGAUUCUAUGCACUUUGAUCACAAAACUAGCAGCAUGAGUGAGUGUACUUGGCUGAAGGACUGGAAGAAGAGCAUUGCAUAUUUAUUGCAUUUCUAUCUGCUGUCACAUGGGCUUGACAGAGAAGGUUUUUUUCACGUGACACUGGCAGAGAGGUACAAUGUUAUCCCUAUGGUGAAAUAAAACUACUUUUUGUAUAUAGUUAUUCAUAUCUCUGAAGCAAAGGUAUGAGUAAACUUAGGGUCUGAGUGAUGUAAUGGAGAAUUUAUUUUGGAGACAGGAGAGGAUGGCAGUGACAGAACAGAACUUUCUGUGGCCCGUAAUUGGGCUUGGAAUUUGUACUUUUCCAGCUUUUUCCAAAUAGAUUGCACACUGUUCUUUCCUGCUAGCCAUCAGCAUGAGCCCUGCUGCCCACACCGGUAUUUGGUUUGUUUCUAUGUUGGAGAGCAGUUCAUAGAACGUUUUGUUUGUUUGCUGGCAUUCACUGUUUCUUUUGUCAUUGUAUGUUAUGUUUGAAUGUUACAAACGGAUAUUUUAAUUGAAAAGCUUUGUCAGAAGAUAUUUUCAUGUAAAUUAUUUCUUUAUCUUGUAAGCAUCUUGUCUUCUAAACCUGUACUAUAAAAAAAAAUACAUUUUUGACAGAGGCUUAAUGUUUUGACAAAAAAAAAGUGUGGACCUUCUUAUUUAAGUUUAGACUAAAGUAUAUUUUCUUAACUUGCUUGUCCCAUGCAGCCAUACCAAUUUUUUUCCAGACUUACUUCACCAAAAAGGGGAAGAAGCCUCAAAUCAGUCUGAUGGUUCUUUUUCUUUCUCUGUGAAGCAACCUUUAUUGAAGUGGAAGUUGUUCUCCCCACUCUGUAACAUUUUGAUACUACAGUUAAGUUGUCUUUUUAGGAAGCACUUUUGUAAACUUAAUACCUUUACACACAUGCAAAAAUUUCUAUAAGUUGUUUUUUUUUUUUUAACUGUUGCCUUAUUGUUGCACUCAAAAAUAAUUUAAAAAUCAACUAAUGCAUGAAUGUAUAAAUCAAGUAACCACUUGAUUUAAAAACACACACAAAAAAAAAGCCAACACCCUGCCAGCCCCAAUCCAAAAUGAAUAACUACAAUAACAAGCAGUAAAAUUGGCUGAAAAUAGGGAUUUAACGUUAUUUUUUUUCUUAACUGCUGUAUGAUAACUGACAGGUUUUAUAGCUCUGUACAUACUUCUCUGUUACCUAACAUUUUAAACCAUUUUAAACCAGUAUAGAUGCUUAACUCAGGGUGGAGAGAGUUCAGAUGGAUUUGCUUCAGAGAAGUCUUUGGUAGAGCAGCUGAGUUGCAGAUAUUGCCAGUGAUGUGAGGCUACAAUAAUAUACUUCAGGAACUGUGGGGGUUUUCUACUGUAUUGAAAAUAUCUCUUGGCCUUUUGAAAUGCAAUGGUAAAGAUCUCACUUUGGCUGUACAUUGGAUGUGUGUCUGUGUUUUCACAAUGAGCCUUUACAACCUAGAAUUCAGUUUCUUCAAAGAGCCCUAAAUGAUAACUAAGCAAAUGAAAUAGUUCUGCUCCUGGCUUUUUGUUUAGCAAAAAUGUGAUCGUUGUGAGUUAAUGCAACUGGUUAUUGUUGGAAGUGGUUGAUAUGAGAGAGCAGUAAUCCAAGACUCCAUCUGUAUGUUCAUGCUGACUGCUCUGUAUGGAUUGCACCAACUGAUGCAUCUUGGAGAGAUUUGGGUGAACGGUUCACCUGAUGGAUCCUGUCAAACAGCCUGCAGGAAAGAGACCUUAUUGUGCCACUGUGAGAGCCUGGCUUUCUACUGUCGCCAGCAAUGCCUGGUGAGAAAGGGCAGAAGAGACUAGGCCUGCCUAGAGACAGGGAGUCUCAAUGGCUUUCAAAUGGCCCUCAACGACCUCCUUUCUGGAGCUACAGGCCAGACCUGUUCCUGGCAGAUGGAUUAACAGUGGGAAGAGAUGAGUUCUGCGUAGGUGGAGCUCUGUCUUUUCCUGGAGCUGAUGUCUCUAAAAUACUGCAGCUGCACCAUGGAAAGGCCUGUGCUGGAGAGGGCUCAUGCAAAUCAGCACAGCCUCCCUACGUGAAUGGGAGAGGCCACCCCACACCUGAAAGGUAGAAAGGGACAGCAGUACUUUGAGUCCAGGUGUUGCAUCCACCACAGAAGCCCUCGCUGGAUGCACACCCACAACUGAAGAACCUAGACUAAUCCCAUGAGACGUCGCUGGAUCCAAGGGUGGUGAUGAUCUUUUUUUUUCUUACUUCUUUCCCUCUCUCUUCUCUAUUUUCCUCUCCUUUCUUCCAACCAAGCGUCCUUAAGGCACAAGUGACCAAAAGCUUUCCUAUGAGGCUCCUUGAUUCCAAUAAACUGAACUCAUUA